AUGAAGUACGGGAGUUUCGUCAUUUUAGCGCUCCAUUGCUUAAUAGCAUGGCUGGCACAUGCCUGGUCAAAACAAGAAGCGUCGGAUCCCGGUACCGGUAGUCAUCUCACCGCAGUGAAAGGAACCCCUUUCCCAAGUCUCAUCGAUGUAACCAUUGAUGACCUACAGAACGGUUUACAAAGCGAGCUUUUUACGAGUGUCGACCUUGUCAAGGCGUAUAUUGCAAGGACACUUCUGGCCAAUGUUACGCUCAAUGUCAUCACCGAGCUCAAUCCGGAUGCCUUACAGAUUGCUGCUGCGCUAGAUGCGGAGAGAGCUGUUGGUAUGACGAGAGGACCUCUCCAUGGCGUGCCAAUUUUCAUCAAGAACACCAUUGCAACGGCCGACAAAAUGAAUAACACAGCUGGAUCGUACGCUCUCCUUGGAGCAACGGUCCCACGUGAUGCUACCGUUGCUGCGAAGCUUCGUGAAGCCGGAGCUAUCAUUCUCGGCAAAGCGAAUAUGUCCCAGUGGUCCAGUUUCCGCUCCGGCAACUCCAACGAUGGUUGGAGCGCUCAUGGUGGACAAGUCUAUGGCGCGUACUAUCCUAUGCAAACCCCGAGCGGAAGCUCGAGCGGUAGUGGUGUCGCUACAUCACUCGGACUCGGAUUCGCAAGCCUAGGAGCCGAAACCGAUGGCUCGAUUGUUUCUCCGUCGCAGAGGAACGGCGUAGUUGGGAUCAAGCCGACUGUCGGAUUGACAUCGCGCCAUUUGAUAAUCCCGAUCAGUGAACAUCAGGACACUGUCGGUCCGAUGGCACGGACUGUGAAAGACGCUGCAUAUAUCCUCCAAGCAAUUGCUGGCCCCGACCCACGCGACAACUACACCUCUGGCAUCCCUAACGACGGCAAAAUCCCAGAUUACGUGGCUGCGUGCAAACUCAGCGCCUUCCGUGGCACUCGCAUCGGCGUCCCUCGAAACUUGAUCCAACUCGGCAUGAAUCCAGAUUCGGCCGUCGAAGUGCUGGAAUUCAACACCGCGGUCUCGACAAUCCGCGAACUGGGCGCAACCGUUAUCGAGAAUGCCAAAUACGCCGGAAUCAGAGGCUGGUCCGAGUCGGACGCCGAGCGGAUCGUUCUAGGUGCGGAUUUCAUAAGCAAUCUCGCCACGUAUCUUUCGGAAUUGACGUUUAAUCCAACUGGAGUGAGGGAUAUCAUCAGCCUGCGGGAGUUCACACGGACUUUCGCGGCGGAGAUGUAUCCUAGUCGUGACACUAGCAGGUGGGAUGAAUUGAUAGAGAAGUACGGCUUCAACAACACUGAUCCGCGCUUUUGGACUGCAUAUAAAGAAGGUGUACACCUUGGUGGUGACGGUGGGCAUCUUGGUGCAUUGCAGAGAUUUAACCUUGAUGCCAUUGUUAUACCUACGAAGCUCGCCAACGGCUUUCCAGCCGUAGUCGGUAGCCCGGUCGUCACCGUACCCCUUGGUUUCUACCCGCCAUUGCACCCAGUGAGGUUUAACAAGAAAGGGAACCUUGUGGCGACAGGGCCGAACAUUCCUUUUGGCAUUUCCUUUCUUGGACGAAAGUGGGAUGAGGCGAAGUUGAUUGGAAUGGCCUAUGCGUUCGAGCAGAAAACGAUGACGAGGAAUAAAGUACGGCCGUAUUUUGUGCCGAAUAUCGAGCUGGGCGAUAUCGUUGGCCACUGAUGGGACUCUGUCUGAAUAACUACAAUGUUAGGGUCAAAGAAAUCCUGGUUGUGGCUAUCAAUACACAGCAUAUAACGAAC